CGGUGUCCGCGCCUCCGCGCCGCCCCUGGUUUCCUCCGGGAGGCGGCGGCGGCGGCGGCGGCGAAGCCUCGUGCGCGCGGUUAUUUAUUUAUUUCCGGGCCCAGAGCGCUUAUAAUGGAGCCGCUGUCAGCACAGCCUCCCGCCGCCGCCGCCGCCGCCGUCCCUCCUCUUUUUUUUCCCGGCAGAGCUUUGUUGUGUGGGAGGGCGGCGGGGAUGGACUUGAGCUCGCGGAUCUCCUGCUAGAGCAGCCGCGCUCGGGGAGGCAGCCGCAGCCGCAGCCGCGAGGAGCCGCCGCCGCCGCCGCCGCCCCGAGGCCCCGCCGGACGCGGCCUCCGCCCGCCCGCGCGCCCCGCGCCCGCCGCGCCCCUCGUCCCUGCAGAGUCCACUCGCGGCGGCAGAUGUGUGUGGGGCCAGCCCCCGGCGAGGACUAUGGUGAAAUUCCCGGCGCUCACGCACUACUGGCCCCUGAUCCGGUUCCUGGUGCCGCUGGGCAUCACCAACAUAGCCAUCGACUUCGGGGAGCAGGCCUUGAACCGGGGCAUCGCUGCUGUCAAGGAAGAUGCGGUGGAAAUGCUGGCCAGCUACGGGCUGGCCUAUUCCCUCAUGAAGUUCUUCACGGGACCCAUGAGUGACUUUAAGAACGUGGGCCUGGUGUUUGUGAACAGCAAGCGAGACAGGACCAAAGCUGUCCUGUGCAUGGUGGUGGCGGGUGCCAUUGCUGCCGUCUUCCACACCCUGAUAGCUUACAGUGACUUAGGCUACUACAUUAUCAAUAAGCUGCACCAUGUGGACGAGUCAGUGGGGAGUAAAACAAGAAGGGCCUUCCUGUACCUCGCUGCCUUCCCCUUUAUGGAUGCCAUGGCAUGGACCCACGCUGGCAUUCUCUUAAAACACAAAUACAGUUUCCUGGUGGGCUGUGCCUCAAUCUCAGACGUCAUAGCUCAGGUUGUUUUUGUAGCCAUUUUGCUUCACAGUCACCUGGAAUGCCGGGAGCCCCUGCUCAUCCCCAUCCUGUCCCUGUACAUGGGCGCACUCGUGCGAUGCACCACUCUGUGCCUGGGCUACUACAAGAACAUUCACGACAUCAUCCCUGACAGAAGUGGACCGGAGCUGGGGGGAGAUGCAACAAUAAGAAAAAUGCUGAGCUUCUGGUGGCCUUUGGCUCUAAUUUUGGCCACACAGAGAAUCAGUAGGCCUAUUGUCAACCUCUUUGUUUCCCGGGACCUUGGUGGCAGUUCUGCAGCUACAGAGGCGGUGGCAAUUUUGACAGCCACGUACCCCGUGGGUCACAUGCCAUAUGGCUGGUUGACGGAAAUCCGCGCCGUCUAUCCUGCUUUUGACAAGAAUAACCCCAGCAAUAAACUGGCGAGCACAAGCAACACAGUCACCGCGGCCCACAUCAAGAAGUUCACGUUCGUCUGCAUGGCCUUGUCGCUGACGCUCUGUUUUGUGAUGUUUUGGACUCCCAACGUUUCCGAGAAAAUUUUGAUAGACAUCAUCGGAGUGGACUUUGCCUUUGCAGAACUCUGCGUGGUUCCCUUGCGUAUCUUCUCCUUCUUCCCAGUUCCAGUCACUGUGCGGGCCCAUCUCACCGGGUGGCUGAUGACACUGAAAAAGACCUUUGUCCUGGCCCCCAGCUCUGUGCUACGGAUCAUCGUCCUCAUCACCAGCCUCGUGGUCCUGCCCUACCUGGGAGUACACGGAGCCACCCUGGGCGUGGGCUCCCUCCUCGCGGGGUUCGUGGGUGAAUCCACUAUGGUCGCCAUCGCAGCGUGCUAUGUCUAUCGGAAACAGAAAAAGAAGAUGGAGAAUGAGUCAGCUGCCGAGGGGGAAGAUUCCGCCAUGACCGACAUGCCUCCAGCAGAGGAGGUGACGGACAUCGUGGAAAUGAGGGAAGAGAAUGAAUAAGGCACAGGACACCCUGGGGCACUGCAGGGACAGUCGGGACGACACUUCAGCAUCAUCUCUUCCCUCUCCCAUCACGUUUUUUUUUGUUUGUUUUUUUAGGUAAUGAAAGAGGCCUUGAUUUUAAGGUUUCAUGUAAUUCUCUAGCAUACUGGGUAUGCUCACACUGACGUGGGGACCUAAAGAAAGGUCUUCACUAUUGCUUUGUAAAAACAAAACAAUUGACUACAUGCCCUGCUUCGUGAAAACCCAAAAGACAUAGCUGCCUUGUAGUCGAAGCUGUCUCCCCCUCCCGUGGACAAUCUCCACCCGGAACCAAAGGACUGGCUGUGCCAUCACCUCUAGGGUCACCGCUGCCCAGCAGGCCACAGACUACCCCAUGCCCCUUCAUCUCCCUUAAGAAUCAACAGGUUAAAACUUGCCUUCCUUUGACUUGCUUCCCAAUAACGCAGCUAUACAAUGAGAUGGAACCUGGUGGCCUGUUGUCUUUCUCUGCCACCAUGGAGCUAUAAACUGUCUACUGCGCACACAUGGAAAGCCGGGGACAGGCAGCAGCCGGGAGUCACUGUUCACACCAAGGAGCAGAGAUUUGUGACUGUGUCGGGCCAACGUAUCUCCUGCAGAAAGGUUUGAGAUGCCAUUGGAGCAGACUGACAUGUGCAAACCAUAACAUUUCACGUUGUUUUCCUAGAUCCAAGUGAGCUGUCCCCACCGUGUAUAUAUUACAGUUGUCACAGUGUCGCAUCUCGAAAGGCGUGUUUGGGAAGCCCAGCACCCCUCGCACGACUCUGCCCAAAGGCUUGCUCUUCACUUGCCUCUCCUGAAGGUGGCGCUAGAGCGAGUCAGUGGAGCAUUUUAACUUCACCUUUUAGUUUUUACAGUGAACUGAAGCUUUAAGUUAUAAUCUAGCAUUCUAAUGCCAGGUGGCUGUCUCGUAACCUUCGAAGUAGAUUUAUUACCUGGUUCUGCCAUUCUUAGUCAUAACUACGCGGUACAGGUCAUUCAGAGUGUACUACAGUACUUCCCUCUCACGCCACACGUUUAAGCAAGACAUUUUGUAAACAAUAUCAAAGUCACUAUGUGAUAUUCCCUGAAAUAACACAUUUGAAGUCCAUUUAGUGCAGUAUAUUUUUCUAAGUUUUGGAAAGCGGGUUUUUUCCUUUAAAAAAUUAUGGACAUAGUUCACUAAAUUCUUGAUUUAGUCAAAAUUCAUAGACUGAAAGAACCUAAGCAAAAAAAAAAAAAAAGAAUAUUUUAAAGAUAUAAAUAUAUGCUGUAUAUGUUAUGUAAUUUAUUUUAGGCUAUAAUACAUUUCCUAUUUUCGCAUUUUCAAUAAAAUGUCUCUAAUACAGUACGGCAAGUGCGUGCGUGCUCAGCAUACCUGCAGUUGAAACGUAUUGUAUCAAUGAACAUUGUCUUUUACUUGCAGCAGAUUUACAAAGUCCACCAUUUGUGUAUGAAUGUAAGGGUUGAAAAUGACGAGAAUUAUUUUUUGUUAUGGGUACCCCAGGAAUAAAUGGGUCCGCUGGUGUAGACAGUAAUGGGAAUGGAAGAAAAAAGCAGGCCUUUUGUGUUUAUUGUUUUCAGUGCUGUGUAAUCAUAUUUUUCCUCAUAAGAAAAAGAAUGUAAGGCCAUAAAGUCAGCUGUGAACAUACAGGGUUGCAUUCGCAUCCAUAUACCCAGCGCCUCUCGCGUGUGCCCACCCUGGGGACAAGUCUUUUCGUGCCACUUCAGAGCAGCUUUCUAUAUGAGUGCUUUGGGGUGGUUUCAGGGGCAGAUUGAGAAGAUGAAAAAAAAAAUCUAAUUGUACUGACUUUUUUAAAGUACAUGACUAGAAAAUUAAACAGCAGUAUUUUUUAACUAUUUGUGACUAUUUCAUGCUUCUGGGGUUGGAUCUUAAAGAUCACAGUGAAAAAGCAAAUCUGUUCCCUCUAAAUCUAGGAAGAUCAGCUAGAAACUCAUUAUGCAACCAGAACAUGUAAUUAUAACUCCGGAGACAACUUCAGUGAGAGAUUAAUGAGCCAUAAUAUUUGUUAGAGUUUCCAAGAACACAGGCAGCAACGCCAGACCCAGACCAUGACACGGAACUGUGGUUUUGUAGGACUUGUUCAAACCUCUCGCCUUGAAGCGCACGAUCCUUCGUACAGUUCCUUCUCUCGGGCUGCUUAAGUCACCGCCUAACACACGCCUCAACUUUUAAGGCAAAACUUCUUAAAGCUGGUAGAUUCACUGUUCUGCAUCUGUUCUAACCAGGAAUCCCUUCGUCCAGAUAGAAGCGAGAGGAGGUCAAACCAAGGAGCAGGAGACACUUCUUUCCACUUUUAAGUCAUUAGGGGCAAGCCUUUGACUUUGCCGACCAAAGAAAUGUCCCCCCAGCACAUGUUUAUUGUUGGUCGUUCAGCUGACAUAUAUUUAGAAGGGCACCACGCCUGUGAGACCAAAGAAAUGUCCCCCCAGCACAUGUUCAUUGCAGGUCGUUCAGCUGACAUAUAUUUAGAAGGGCACCACGCCUGUGAGAUUUUCUUGUCAAGGACCACAGAAAGACCAGGUGUGACUUUCUCAAGGUUGAGUGAUUGCCUGUAGACAAAUAUAAUCUAAAAAUGCAAGAACAUAAAGGAGUUUUUCCUCUAAAUGCUGAGAAACAAGUCUGGGCAGCUCAAAGCAUAGUCUUUCUAUAGUGAGGGUUUCUCUGAGCAUGCUGAGGUCAGAGCAGUGCCUUUGGUGGCCUCUCUUUUUUUGAGGGGCACAUGGAGUUUAUUCUAAAUGCACAGUUGCCAUUCGUCCUGCCCCUGCUCACAGGGAUCUCAGUGGUGCGGGGUAUCGUCAGUAAGACACCAAAGAAUGAGCCAAAGCAACUGGAUGAGGCUUGCUCUGGGAGAGUCAGGAUAGGAUUGGACCUGCCGGCCACGUGGCACAGGGAGUGUGGAGACAUUUGCGUGUUGGCAGGAAACCCUCACCUGUUUGGGUUUCUUUAAUUGGGGUACUUGUUUGCAUGACUGGAUAAGAGCCAGUCACUACCCCCACUGCCUGCAUGGGAUCUGUCUUAUGUCCUUUAACGGUACUCUUCUCUGGUUGGUUUUUUAGCAUCUGCAGGUGGUUUGGCUUGGAAAUGUCCAUGGAUGACUGAUUCCCUUAGAAACUAAAAUGUUUAAUACUGGUUUAAGACAUAUCAGAUGGGGCUGAGGAAAGCUUUGUGACAGUAGUAAAAGCACUUUGUACUUCACUGAGUCUUCCCAGUAAAUAACCUGGCAAGGAGCAAGGGGCAGGGGCCCCGGAGGAGGGAUGCCUGGGGGCCUUGGGGUAGUGAUGGGGCUGGGACCGCUCAGUGCUCCUCACCCACAGCCCUUUCUGGAUCUCUCUCAGGGUGGACAGUCAUGACGCAUCCAAACUAUCAGAAAAGUUAUUUUAAUUCUAUCUUUAGAAGUGAGAAAAGCCAACAGCUCCCGACCCUCUUAACUGUUCCCCAUUUAGGGAUCUUUCCUUCUGGGGGGAAGGGGCCAGGGAGACUAUUUUUGGACCCUCACUUUCUAGAAACAUGAUUUAAAGACUCAGUAGCUGUCUGACUGGAUUUGUUUUUUUUCCUUCAAACUGAAGUGGGAGAGUGUGUUGCAAAACAGAAAGGGUUUAUAUUAUUGUGAUUAAAUUAUGUUACCUUGAGAAAUACUUUCCUGUAUUUAAAAAUCUUUGCACUUCAGGGACUCUAAGCAGACCAGUGCCCAGGACCGCCUGACUCUGCAGCUGCCCUCUAAACAGGAUGAAGUCUUCACCGAGCCGGUGCACAGUCCAAGAAAAGGGGUCUUUUGAGUUCUAAGACCUGUCCCCCUUUUUUUGUAACCGAAGUUGCAACGUGGUAUGUUGUGGGGCCUUGAACGCCGGGGUGAUGUGAGUGUCGAGUGCCUGCAGGGCCUGCGACCAGCUGCUCCCUGCACCCUACAGACGGGGCCGCACACACCACCCGCAGACGGCGCUUUCAUAUGAAGGAGCUGAACAUGAAAAGCAUGUUUUUGAGCAACAUGUUUGGUAGACAUUAGAGAUACUCCUCUGUGUGGUUAUCCUGAAUCUAUUUCUGUCACUUAAGGCAGCAAAACAUCACGUGACUCAUCAGCUGAUCUAACCACACAUAAAACAGGAUGUAGAGAAAAUCUGAAGAAAAAUAUAAGAAAAGGCCCCAUUGCCUGCCCUUUCAAAGUCUAAGUGUCUAACUACACAAAUGUUCAAAAUGAGAGAAUGUAUAUUAUAUAAUCGGAAUAACCCAAACUCCACUCAGAAAGGUGUAACAAAUUAUAUAGUUUCUGACCUCAAAAAGGAGGAAUAAUGCAGAGAUGGUGAGGCUUGUGUAAGUCUAGACGUCGCCUGUCCUCACGAGGGGAGGUUAGGUGUGUCAGCUGUCGCGGCUCUCUACUAGGAAGAGCAACAAAGGUGGGCAUCCAAAAUCAUUAAAAAAAAAUCCUUUGCCAAGUGCAAGUGGUUCCAGGAGAAUUAUAGCAAAUACCAUCAAAAAAUAUUUAACUUUAGUGAUAAUAUUUUCUCUGCUUCAUUUGCAAUCAACCAGGGUCUCUAAAAGACGGGACAAGAUGUAUGCACUUUUUUAGAUGGCCAUCAGCUACGCAUAGGUUCGGCAAAUGUUUGUUUAUAUGGUACCUCUUUUUAAGUUAGUCUAUGUAACUUAAAGUGCACUUCACUAAGAAGACUUGAUAUCAGCUUCUACAAUGUAUAUAUUUAAAUAAAAGCACACAACUCAGAACCCUUUCUCUCUCUCUUGGAUCAGCUAAAAAUGGUUUUAUCAUUCACUGUACAACUUCCUACAAAUUCAGUGACAUUGGUUGUUACUAUAAGAUUUAGAGGCAGAUGUUCCCAAACUAUGAGCCUAGGACAAGAAAUGGUGCCUUUGGAGUUGGGAAACAUUAUGGCCAGGUUGACUCAGGUUCCCUUUAGUGUGGCACUGUGAACAUGCAGGGACCCACCAUUUGAAUGAACCAGCUACUAAAGGUGAAGUUCAAACCACCCUUGUGUAUGUAACACAGGAAAUACAGGGUACACAUCAACACUAAUCACCCAGCACCCACAGCACCGGACAUGUCGCCGCCACGUCGUCAUGAAGAAGGCCCAUUACUCCAGGGGUGCCAUAUCCACAAGGCUUGUGGUGGCAAAUACAUUGCUCCUUGGAUUCAAUGAUACGCUUUGGUUUGCUUAAUGAUGUAUUUAUUGUUAGGGUAAGUAAAGUUGGUAUGACCAAGGAGCUACUCAUAGAGCUUCAGAAUACCGGACAGAGCCACACACAAGAUUCUGUUUGAUACUGACAAGCCUGCCCUCAUUCAUUUAAGGAGAGCUUCCAAGCUGGAGGCCUUGGGCCCAUAGCGUGACCGUCCAUGUCACUCACACCUCUCAGCGUCAUCUUGCUCAUAGGUCCAAUGAGAGGCUUAGGCCAUUAUUGCUGAGGCUCCUGCCUGGUCCAACAUUCUAUGUCUGAUCUAGGAUUUAGAACACAGUACAGGAUCCUACAAUGGAAAAGUGAAAUUACCUCAUUCUUCAUUUCAGAUCUGAACACUAGCAGCAAUCCAUAUUUUUCUUUCUUUAACAAAAUUAAGUCUACUGGGAGUCAGUCCUCUCCAUGUGCUGUGGCUGUCAGCUCACAGGCUUUUCAGUUUCACAUCAAAACUGUGGGUUUAAACUAAACUGUUAAAACCAAUCACAAUAUUCACAAUGGAGAGUUAUAUUACAUGGUAGCAGAAAUAGGCAUUUUUAUGUGUUGCUUAUAUUUUACCUCAAAUUAAACUGCAGAUAUAGGGUAAUAAAUAAAAUCCAUCCAUGCCUUUCACACACUAAAAAAAUAAAAAUAAAAAUAAAUAAAAAAUAAAACCAAUCACAUUAAAAUAUUUGUGUAGCCUUUGAUUAAAAUUGACUGUAGAGGUCAGUAUAAAAUAUAUGUUGCAUUUAAAUAAGUGCUGUCUAUGUAUUUAAUAGAUGUGAGUUUUUGCACCGUUAAGAGCAUUUAUCUAUGCUUUUUUUG